GUACCCGACAAAGUUCCUUGUUAAGGUAAACAGUUGCGGUAUCCUUGAUCAUGUCAAGCCCUUAACAGAACAUGCCCAAGAAGCUCUCUUGUUCAAAGAUAAUGGAAUGGCAAAGCAUGGGUUGUUCAAGCAAAUCGUGGGUGAUCUAUCGUUUAGCGACUCAUCUCUCUUUGCUAAGCUCUUGGAUUCUUGCGUCCAAUCAAAGUGUCUCCUUGACGUCCGUCGCGUUCAUGCGAGGAUCACUAAGACCUCUUUUGCCUCAGAGAUAUUUAUCAACAAUAGGCUCGUUGAUUCCUAUGGAAAAUGUGGCUCGUUGGAGGAUGCCCGCAGGGUGUUUGAUAGAAUGCCUGAAAGAAACAUUUUCUCUUGGAACUCUAUCGUAACUGUGCUGUCGAAGUUGGGUUUUCUCAAUGAGGCUGCAAGAAUUUUUGGGUUGAUGCCUGAACGUGACCAGUGCUCAUGGAACUCGAUGUUAUCAGGAUUUGCUCAGCAAGAUAGAUUUCACGAAGCUCUUGAUUAUUUUGUCAAAAUGCAUGAAGAGAAUUUUGUGCUUAAUGAGUACUCAUUUGGCAGUGGCCUCAGUGCCUGUGCAGGCUCAAAGGACUUGAAAAUGGGCAAGCAAAUCCAUUCUUUGAUCUCGAAAAGUCUGUACUUUUCUAAUGUUUACAUGGGGUCUGCCCUUGUUGACAUGUAUGCUAAAUGUGGGAGUGUGGCUUUUGCUAGGAGAGUUUUUGAUGAGAUGAAUGAGAGGAACAGAGUUUCUUGGAAUAGUUUGAUUACUUGUUAUGAGCAAAAUGGUCCAGUAGGUGAAGCCCUUGUGGUUUUUACAAGGAUGAUGGAUUGUGGUAUUGAACCAGACGAGGUAACAUUAGCCAGUGUGGUUAGUGCAUGUGCAAGCUUGUCAGCAAUCACGGAAGGUCGGCAGAUUCAUGCACGUGUUGUGAAAUGUGAUAAGUUGAGGGAUGAUCUUAUCUUAGGCAAUGCAUUGGUUGAUAUGUAUGCAAAAUGCAGUAAGAUUAGUGAAGCUAGACAUGUUUUUGAUAGGAUGCCAGUUAGAAAUGUGGUGUCUGAAACCUCAAUGGUAAGUGGGUAUGCAAAGGCAUCAAGUGUGAAAGUGGCUAGGUUAAUGUUUACAAAGAUGAUGGAGAGAAAUGUAGUUUCUUGGAAUGCACUAAUUGCUGGCUACACACAGAAUGGGGAGAAUGAGGAGGCUCUAGGACUCUUUCUUCUUCUUAAGAGAGAAUCUGUUUGGCCGACCCACUACACCUUUGGAAAUCUACUUAAUGCUUGUGCUAAUCUUGCUAAUUUGCAGCUUGGACAGCAAGCUCACGUGCAUGUAUUGAAGCAUGGAUUUCGGUUUCAGUCUGGAGAAGAAUCUGAUAUUUUUGUAGGAAACUCCCUCAUAGACAUGUACAUGAAAUGUGGAUCAGUGGAAGAUGGUUUUCAAGUCUUCAAAACUAUGGUGGAAAGGGAUUGGGUCUCAUGGAAUGUGAUGAUAGUUGGAUAUGCACAAAAUGGUUAUGCAGCUGAAGCUCUUGAAUUGUUCAAUAAAAUGUCAGCAUCUGGAGAGAAACCAGAUCAUGUCACUAUGAUAGGUGUUCUUUGUGCUUGUAGCCAUGCUGGGCUAGUUGAAGAAGGGCGGCAGUACUUCACCUCCAUGAAGAGGGAUCAUGCUUUGGUACCAAUGAAGGAUCACUAUACAUGCAUGGUUGACUUACUUGGUAGAGCUGGUUGCCUUGAUGAAGCAAAGAAUUUAAUAGAGACGAUGCCAAUGGAGCCUGAUGCUGUUAUCUGGGGAUCUUUGCUUGGUGCUUGUAAAGUUCGCCGGAACAUUACAAUGGGGAAGUAUGUGGCAGAGAAGCUUUUAGAAAUUGAUCCUAGCAACUCUGGACCUUAUGUUCUUCUCUCAAACAUGUAUGCUGAAAUUGGUAGAUGGGGAGAUGUUGUUAAAGUAAGAAAGCUAAUGAGGAAACAAGGAGUUAUCAAAGAGCCUGGUUGUAGUUGGAUAGAGAUACAGGGUUAUGUAAAUGUUUUCAUGGUGAAAGAUAAAAGGCAUCCUCAAAGGAAGGAAAUCUAUUCUCUUCUGAAAGCCCUCACUAAACAUAUGAAGCAUGCUGGAUAUAUACCAGAUGCUGAUGAUAAUGAGGUAUAUGAGGAGCAGAAUGAACCUGAAUCAACCCCAUGUCACCAAAUGUAUUUGCAAGCUUCCACUGCUGUUGGGUAAUACUUUUAGCUUUAUCAUUUUAGUGUCUAUUGUUCUCUCCCAGUCUAUUCUUUGCUUCCAAUUAUAUAGGAAUGAGAAGCAAGAAACUAGAAAAAUUAAAAAUUUCUAUCAUCU